ACCCGCCUUAGUCCCGAGAGUUGCAGCCCGCUACCAUGUCCGCGCAUAGUUCCGCGGACGGAUACCUCACCAGUGCCUCUAUUCCGGUGAUCGGUGCCGAGGCGGGCGAGGCGGUCGCCUCGCUGAAACGGCGAGCCUCACCAUCGUUCGAAGAGGCGAGCACGAGCUACAAGAAGCUCCGCGAGCACUCAGUCGACCGAGACGAGAGCGUUCGGCCGUAUGGAGCCCCGGUCGACGAUCCAAGGAUGCCCCGUGACGAUCAGGUCGCGGAGUCACCCAAGGUGGACGGCCGAGCGCUCGCAGACGACAUGGAGAGCGAGUUGGAGUGCGGCAUAUGCUCCGCAUUGGCGUACAAGCCCGUCGUCGUGAAUCCUUGUCAACAUUUCUUCUGCGGAAGCUGCUGCCACCUUUGGAUAAAGAACGGCGGCACAAAUUGCCCUGCAUGUAGGGGAGUAUCUACGACUGCCGUGCCCUCUCGGGCGCUACAGACUAUGAUCGAUGUUUUGCUUCGCAACUGCCCCUCGAAGCGCCGAUCUGAACGCGAACGCGAGCAAGCCGACGAAGUGUACAAAGCCGGCACGACUUUACGGAUACCGAUGCCGGCGCCCAGUUCGCCUCCUCCGCAGAUUCCUACCAACGACUCGCUGGCGCGUCCGUGUCCGCACUGUCAUCCUGAUAACCCGUAUGGGUACCGAUGCCUGCAACCCAUACCCGAUCCAGACGCUCACCCCAACCAGGCCUGGAACCUAGACAACGGGCCUCCCCCUGGGCACGCAUUCUGUGGCAACUGUGAGGACCUGCUCGCUCUUCGAGCCCCUGCAACGACGAACUGCGAUUUUUGCGAGGUUUCAUUCUGCGGCAUUGGUGUACAAGGCCGGUGCAUCGCCGCCCGCAUCGAGAAUGCUCAGCCGCAGGGCUUCGCGGAUGUCAGUGACCUUAUCCAGAGCAUUGAACUCUACGAGUGCUUUGACUCCAACUCCGUCGAAGUGGAGAUCCUCCUGGAUUACCUAGUAACAAAGAGGCUGCGACCACAGGCGAUAUAUCGUGAUAUCGUACUGUACAUACAGUCACAGCCGCGUGGCUUUUCGUCACUGAUCGAGCUGGGUCUGUUCAGCGAGAACGGACAUGGAGAGGCAACUGGCGUUAACAACGACCCAUCCCAUCCGCGCACCCGGAUCUGCCGCGUCUGCGCUGCUGAGGUGUUGAUGUGGGGUAUCAGGGACUGGUGGAUCAGGGAACGCCGCAAAGGACACGUCGACCCUGGCGUGCUGAGCCGCAGGGACUGCCCGGAAGGUAGCGCCUGCGAACGGCAGAAGGACACCGUUCACGCCAAAGAGUAUAACCAUAUAUUCGCCCACCCUAUUGCCGACCCUGAACAGCAACUCCCGGUAAUCCCGGCCCACCCGCCUCACAUGGACGAUCUCCGAGACUUCACUUUGCCACCUGCCGUCGCCGCAGCGAGCUCUGGCGGCGCCGCCAUAUUUGCGAACUUGUCAAGGGACUGGCACGGGAGGGCUCCAAGGGGGUCUUCUCCUCCUUUCCCCGAUGGUGUAGGUUUGCCCUCACAAUGGUAGCUUUCUCAACGCAAUCCGGCGCCACUCUCCGUCAUUUUCUAGGAAGGAUCACUUGUUUACCCCUUCACUGCCCCCUUUUUUCUGCUCUGCGCUAUACCUUCCGUAUUCCGGAACACUUCACCACACGAUUCCCC